GUGGAGAGCAGGGAGGCUCUCAGACAUACCCCGGCCUGCUGCGUACUUCUCUAGUUUCCCUUUUUCCUCCUUGUCUUUUCUCAGGAGGCCUUUCGUUUCUCCUGGUGAUCUCGGAGCUGAAGCUGAAGGACAGGAAUAGUUAGUAGACUGGCACAUCAACAAGGAGCUCUAGGAGCAGAGUGAUCAGGCAAAAAAAAAAAAAAGUCUUAGUGAUGUCUCCAUCAGAUGAUUUUGAGGUUCUGGUGAAAGGACUGAACAGCUGGAAUCUCCCUAAUGGCCCUGUUCCUUGUGAACUGCUGCUGGUUGGUGAAGCUGCCUUCCCAGUACUGGUGAAUAAGAAUGGACAGGUCUUCAUUGCUGCCUCCCACUAUGGCCAGGGACGCAUGAUAGUCAUGUCCCAUGAAGGCUACCUGCAAGAUAACCUGUUGACUCAGUUUCUUUGCAAUGCCGUGGGCUGGCUCAACCACAGGCCAGGAGCUGCUGUUGGGGUGCACACGUCUGUGGAACCUCUCGCUGACAUUCUCCGUGGCUCUGGGAUGGUGGUGCAGACUAUGCAUGGCCUUGAGGACUCCCUGGGAGUUUACUGCAUCAAUGCCUAUGAUGACAGGUUGGCCAAAGAGAUGAUUCGGUUUGUGAAAAAUGGUGGAGGCUUACUCAUGGGAGGCCAAGCUUGGUACUGGGCAAGUCAACAUGGAUGUGACAAGGUUCUGUCCAACUUCCCUGGCAACCAGGUGACCAGUGUAGCUGGUGUGUACUUCACAGAUGCCUAUGGAGAUACAGCCUUCCUCAAGGUCUCUAAGAAAGUUCCUAAAAUUCCACUUACAGUCAGGUUUGGGGAGGACCUCUCUCAGGACCAACACCAACUCCUGAAUGGAAUCACAGAGCUGGAUAUUAAUACUGGUGGACUGCCUUCUCAGCUUCUGGUUCAUGGAGCCCUGGCCUUUCCUCUUGGGCUAAAUUCUUCCCUUGAUUGCUUCCUGGCAGCUGCACGCUAUGGCCGGGGUCGAGUGGUGCUUGCUGCUCAUGAGGGCAUGCUUAGUGCCCCUGCACUGGGCCCUUUUCUAUGCAAUGCUGUUACAUGGCUGGCAGGGGGACAAACAGGAAGAAUUGGAGUUAAUCCUAAUCUUAAAAACCUGUGCUCCCUGGUGUCUGACACUGGCCUGAAAUGCAGCCUGGAAUCCCAUCUGGCCACUGAUUUAAGUGUUUACUGCUGUUCAGCCUACAAUGACCAAGAGGCAAGGAAGCUGCAUGAGUUUGUGGCAGAAGGUGGAGGUUUACUGAUUGGAGGCCAGGCCUGGUGGUGGGCCUCACAGAAUCCUGGCAAGCCUGCUGUGGCAGAUUAUCCUGGAAACCACAUCCUCAACCCCUUUGGCCUCAGCAUCUUAGAUUAUAGUCUAAAAAGUGGCCGAUUUCCUGUUCAUGUGCCUGGUGAAGGGAACUAUCAUUUCCGCUCAGCAUUGUCUCAGUUCCAGGAUGAAGUGAAAGGAAGCAAGGUCUUGGCAGAAGGCUGGCAAUCUAAGCUAAGGAGGGACUGUGGGGCCUUCCUGAAGAUUCCUGCAGAAGGAAUCCCUGCCUAUGCCUCCCUACAUAGGGUCUUGAGGAAGAUACUCAAACAAACUGGCCUCCCCCAUGUCAGCCAGGAUCAUCCUGUGCACAGCAAUUCCUGUGAGGCCACCCUGCUCUGUGUGGCCACUGAGCUUGCUCAAAGUGGGACUGACUGCUUUUCACUGGUCCACAGAGCUACGAAUGGGACUUGCCCCUCCCAACUCUAUGCCCCAGGACCCCCUGUCACCCUAGAGAUCAAUGAUACCAGUCCAGAUGUCACUGUAUGGGUGAGCACCGGACUCUACCUCCCUGAAGGCUUUACUGUAAACAUCAUGAUGCCAUGUGCUGCCACUUCUGGCCUACAGGUACAAAUUGGCUGCCACUCUGAUAAUCUCCAUGGGGCACAGAAGCUUUGCCGAGCACCUGUGGUGAUUCACAGAUGCUGUCUGGACAGACCAGAGCUGUCAGUGUCCUCCCUCUGGGGGGGGCUCAUCUAUAUACUUGUGCCCAAUGGCAGUAAGCUGGGUCCUGUGUCAAUCACCAUCACUGGAGCUGUGCCUGCUCCUUACUUCAAGCUGGGGGAGACAUCUCUAGAGGAGUGGAAGAGCUCCAUCCGCCAUCGCCCAGUGCCCUGGGGGGAGCUGGCAACAGACAAUAUCAUCCUCACAGUGCCAUCUGAACAUCUUCAGGAUCUGGAAGACCCGGAGCCAGUGCUUCAUCUCUGGGAUGAGAUGAUGGGAGCUGUGGCCAAACUUGCAUCAAUAAGCUUCCCUUUCUCUCGGCCUGAGAGGAUUGUGGCUGAUGUACAGAUCUCAGCUGGCUGGAUGCAUUCAGGAUACCCCAUCAUGUGCCAUAAGAAUCAGCCAGAGGAAAUAAUCAAUGAGAAGAGAAUAAGGUCUAGUGGAAUCUGGGGCCCCAUCCAUGAGCUAGGCCACAACCAGCAACGACAGGUCUGGGAGUUCCCCCCACAUACAACUGAAGCAACCUGCAACUUGUGGUCUGUCUAUGUACAUGAGACAGUGUUAGGCAUCCCCCGGAGCCAGGCCCACCCUGCACUGGCUCCCUCAGAUAGGGAGACCAGGGUAAAAGAAUACCUGAGAAAAGGGACUCCCCUGAAAGAAUGGAGUGUUUGGACAGCACUGGAGACUUAUCUGCAGCUCCAGGAGGCCUUUGGCUGGGAGCCUUUCACCCAGAUCUUCACUGAGUACCAGACCUUAUCUGGGGUGCCCAACAACAAUGCUGGCAAGAUGAACCUGUGGGUGAAACAAUUCUCUCACCAAGUGCAGAGGAAUCUGGCUCCUUUCUUCCAAACCUGGGGCUGGCCUAUCGAGGAGGAGGUGGCUGCUUCCCUAGCCUGCCUGCCUGAGUGGCAGGAGAACCCCAUGAACGUGUACCUUCUCAUGUUGAGUUAAAGGAUACCCAGCAGGCCCAGUGUGUCUGUGGGCAGCACAUAUCUGCAUCUCUGAAACUUGGUCUAUGGAUUGGGUGGGAAAUACUCUAGAUGAAGUGAGUCAGCACCACUCAUUCAUCAAAUGUGUACUGAUCAUCUUUAAUGUUUGGGAUAGUAUGGCUGAUGUGAGGGAGUAAAGUCAUCAGGAAUGUACUACCUGUCUGAAGGGGAAAAGAAGAAAAUAACAUGGAAAUUUGUAUAGCAACAUGAGUUAAAUAAUAAUGAAGAUACUUCUUCCCCUUUCUGCUUCCCAAAGGGGUCUCAUAACCUCAUAACCUAUCACAAAUUGGCACCAAGUAUUCCUUUUCACUUAAACAUGCUAUUAUUCAUUAAUAUGGUAUAAUAGUAUCUAUAGUAUAAUCAAUAGAGUAUAAUAAAGCACUGCAUUUGGAGUUGGGACUUUGGUUUGAAUCCCGUCUUUGCCAUAUAGAACCUGUGUGACCUUGGGCAAUUUCCCUAUCUUUCAAAUGAGAGAACUGGACGUGAUGACCUCUUAGGUCCCUUUGACUCUAAACCCAUGAUCGUAUGAAAUUCCUUCCUGAUUCUAAAACAACACAAGCCUGAGACAAGUUCAACUUGUCUUUUUAGGAAGUCAAAAUGAUUUUGUCUGAACUUUUAUUUUUGAUCCAUUGUUUUAAGCAUCUGGAUAUGGUCCCAAACUGAAACAUAAAUUUAUCAUAAAAAUCAGCAGGCCCUUACCUGGUUGUCAUUUCUCGUCCAUCCCCAACCUCUGAAAGCACCUAUACACAGGUUGUCCCAAAACUCUUAGUGCAGCUGUAAACUUUUGAAAGCUUAAACUCCAUUAAGACUUUUGGAACCACUUUGUAUAAUCUCA